AAAUUAAUCUUUGGUGGUGUGUUUACAUUUUAGAUUUCACAAUUUUCUUUUUUCAGAAUCAGUUACCAUAGUGAAAAGUUGAAAAGAUGAAUAAUCCUGGAAUAAAACUGACUACAAUGAUAUGUAAUCAUUAUUUUAGGCGCAAUUUAAACAACAAUGUGGCUAGCAUUACACGAAUACACAGAGAAAUUUUUACAAGAAUGUAUCCUACGAAAGUUGUUUUACCAAAUGGUGCUUCAAUCAACAUACGAUAUCACGAGCCUAGAAAAAUAAUAAAAUUACCUUUAGAUUUGUCUGCAUUAUCAGAGGAUGAAAAGAAAGCAAGGCUAGAAAAAAGGAAACCGAAGCGGAAAGUUAAAGUAACUGAAAUUGUUGAAGAUAACUUUAAUGCUAAGAAGUAUUUGAAAUACAUAAAGAAGUAAUAGUUAUAUGGUUAUAAUGUAGAAUAUAGUAAUUUAAAACAUUAAUAUUGAUGUUAAAUGUUAAAUAGUUCUGUACAAAUAAAUCAAUCUUCAUCUUUACAA